CAUCUUCUCGCCUCUGGAUUUGACCGCUGACUCUUCAAUGAUCACGAUGACAUACCUUCAAUGUCGUCACCACACUCAACGCCCCUCCUCUCACUAUGGUCACCCAACAGCCCGGUGACCAACCAGUCCGCCAAACCCGCCGCCAGCCGACCGUGAGAAUGCACGUGAUGGCCAGCGUUGCCCCGGCUAACGAGAGGGGGGGUUUCUCCCUACGUGAGCAGGACGUGGCCCUCGCUGUGCCGACGUCUCCUCCUUCUCCUUCUCGUUCCCAACCGAGAUUUUCCGAUAACCAGGCGAAAGCAUCUCCACCUCCUCCUCCUCCACCUCCUCCCCCUCCUGGUCUUCCUCCUCCUCCUCCUCCUCUGGCACCGUUGCUACCUGGAUUGGGAGACCCAACAGGAGGUCUGAAGAAGAAGAAGAGGGUGAGGAGUUUCUUCUGGAAAACGAUACCAGAGGAGCAGGUGAAGGGGCGCGCCAACGUGUGGACUCAAGGCCUAGUCCAGCAGCAGUAUCAGAUCGACGUCCAGACCAUCGAGGAGCUGUUUGGUCAGAACGACAGUCAGAACGCUAAGGCAACGCCCAGCAGAGGAGGAAAGGCCAGGAGCUCGUUCAGAGACACUAAAGAAGAGGUCUCUAUUCUUGACUCAAAGAGAGGGAUGAACAUUGGGAUUUUCCUCAAACAGUUCAAGAGGUCCAAUCAGGCCAUAGUAGACGAUAUUCGCCAUGGUAACGGUGAGCUGUACGGGGCAGAGGCUCUGAGGGAGCUGCUGAAACUGCUACCUGAGACUGAUGAGGUGAAGAAGUUGAAGGCGUACCGAGGCGACGUCUCUAAGCUGUCAUUGGCCGACUCCUUCGUGUAUCUGCUGAUUCAGAUCAACAGCUACUCUGUCCGUAUUGAGUCCAUGCUGUUGAAGACAGAGUUUCCCGUGGCGUGUGAGGCCAUGAAACGUGACAUUAAGAUCCUUCGCUCUGCCACCAAAGAGUUAAUGUGCUGUGAGGAGCUCCAUGCUGUUCUUCAUCUGGUGCUGCAGGCUGGAAACAUCCUCAAUGCUGGAGGUUAUGCAGGAAACGCAGUGGGCUUCAAGCUGUCGUCCCUCCUCUCUCUGGCCGACACCAAGGCCAACAAGCCGGGCAUGAACCUGCUGCAUUUUGUUGCUCUGGAAGCGCAGAAAAAAGAUGGGAAACUGUUGGAGUUUCCACUGAAGCUGACUCAUGUUAAGACUGCAGCAAGGAUCUCCUUGGAAACGCUGGACGCUGACCUGCAGUGCCUGACGUCUCGCACCCAUUCAGUCGAGAAGAGCGUCCAGAGAGACACGGAGCUGCUGCAGCAACUGGACAACUUCCUGCAGAGUGCUACGUCGGCUCUAUGCUCGCUACGCGGCAGCCGACAGCAGCUGAAGAAGGAAGGCAGCGAGCUGAUCGACUUCUUCUGUGAAGACAGAGACGCGUUCAGACUGGACGACUGCUUCAGCAUCUUCCACACCUUCUGCUCCAGGUUCACUGAUGCUGUCAAGGAGAACAUGGAGAGAGAGGCUAAGGAGGUGGCCCGUCGCCGUCGGUUGCAGGAGCUGGAGGAGCAGAAGAGGCACUCCUGGUCCGGGGGUGAGGAGGUUGGAGGAGCUUUCAGGUUGCGCUGCAGCAGUGAGACGGACAUGUCGGCUGCGAUGUCACGCCAUGACGAGGCCGGGCUGAUGGAGUUCCUGUCCCCUAGGUCCCACCCUCGCUCACCUCUCAACAACUCCCGCAUUCCUCUGGGCCGCACGGGGAGCUUACGGCGUUCCCGAAAAUCUCCAUCCAGCUCGCCAAGCAUUAAUGCUGAUCGUGAAUUGAGCAUGGUCCUCGGAAUGGCGACCCCUGACCACAGACUCACCCAGCAGAGAGGAGCGGAAGAGGCAAGGACAGUUUUCCACUUAGGCUCACCUGAACCUGGGCUCAGAAGUCUUUCACCUCUGGCUUGGUCCCAAAGUCCGAGCGCCACAAACGCACACCAUACAACCACCACUUACCUCAACUUUGAUUCCACCCAGACUCAAGUUAACGCAAUCAAUCCCACAAAUAGAGAUACAGUCAAAUCUACCUCUGAUUUGAACCAGCAAUCAGACCACAAUAACAAUGGCAAUGAUCGACUCACUCUGGAUUCUAGCAGCCAGGUGACACCUUCAGAACAAACUAAUUUUGGAUUGAGUGGGGAAACAGCUACAGCGAAUGACAAUGCUGAAAAAUCAAGAGUUGAUCUGGAUGUAAGUGGACAAAAUGUCACCUGUGAUGAGGAAACCAACCACAGUGCUUCUAACAGCAACAUGUCAGUGGUUUUAGAGAAAUGUACACUAGUUCCUGAGCUGAAAGCAUUUGACGAGAACACACCCCGACAGCGUCUCUACGGAUAUCGUCAGGAUGAUAUGGUAAUCACAGAUUUGGACGAGGAGGGAGCAGACAAAUCCAAACUCCAGGAGGUGCAGGCUAACUCCCACAUUGGGAAAGCAGAAAAAAAUGAUAUCUUCGUUUUUGACACAAGCUCUUCCUCAUCACAGAGAAAUGAAGAGGAUGAACGAGAGGACAAGGUGGUUGUGUGGUGUGUGACUGGUGUGUGCGAAGCAGCUGGUGAAGGCACACACACUGACGACACACUAGAACAAACUGAGAGGAAUCAGUAUACGAGUGACAAUCAGGGAGGAAAUGAGAAAGCUUUCUCCGCCCCAACUAAGCACACGCCUUCAGAACCUCAGCUGGCUAACGAGACAUCAGUGCCUGUACCGAUCAGCAGCCAACCAGUGCCUGUCUCCCGCUGUGACAACUCACCACUUACCGUAUCCUCCACCAGUUGGCAACCAGCAGAGCAGCCAUCUUCCAGUCAAACUCUUACCGCAGAUGCCUCUAAGGACACUAAAGAACCAGUUGAUCAAGGAGAAGAAGCAGAGGGCUCCAACAAUGAGGAGAAAAAAGUAGAAACCCUCCCUGAGAAAUCAACAGAGAGCAAAAGUGACACUGAUCACACGACUAAUGAAAAUCCAGAAGCAGCUCCUCCCACAAAUGGAAAGGCAGAAGCUGCAACAUUGUCCAAACCAUCCACCAAGAACCUCGCUACCUCUAAAGCUCGACCAGCCGGGAUUAAACCUACAACCCCAAACACCAACAAAUGCAAACCUGUCCGAACACUCACCAACUCUGAGAAUCAAGGCAUGAGGCGGGUGGUGCCUAUUUCGAGGACUAGCCGAGGUGUUCCACCCCUCAGCAAACCUCCAGAGAAGCCUCCUGGCCACCAGCGGGGUUCCUCCAGUCUGAAUGUCACCAACUUUAACAGCAGCUCCCUCCGACGAGGAGAGAAGCCCUCGACUUCUCCUUCAACCCAACGCUCCAGCAUCCACAAGGACCCUAAGGAUGCAAAGGACCGGAAGGUUUCAGGCACUCACACGUUCGCCCGAGAGCAGAAACAGGACGUGCAAAGGAGGCCAUCUAUCCACAAGCCCUUAACGAAACCCAAAGCCCAGCCAGAGGAGAAGAUGUGUCGCUCCACACUGCGGGCGCUCGGUCAGGCUGCAGCAAAUGCGGGAGGAGGAGGCAGUGUUAGUGCCCCUGCCACCCCUUUGCGUAAAGCCAUUACCCCUUCAUCAUCUCCACUUCCGGGUUUUGCCCGAAACACCGCCUCUUCUUCUUUCAGACGGACCCUUACACCUGCUACUCCUCAUUCAGCCCACUCUGGCUCAGACUCGUCCCCUAAAACCUCCUCAAAAACCUUUGUCCCCCCAACUGGCACCUCCUCGCCUUUCACCCGAGCAGGCUCACUGAGGGUCACCACCACCUCCAAAUCUUCAGAUGUACACAACCCGCCCUCCUCCUCCACCUCCUCCCCACUGAGGAGGACUCAGAGCAUCAGGACACCUCCUCGCCCACCGCUCCAAGACUUGCAGGCUCCUUCUAAAGGCCACCGGAGGAACGAUAGUGGCAGCUUCUCUGACAAGUCCACUCACUCUCGAGAGUCGGGCAAAGUCAGCAGACCCGGCUGGAGAUAACAAAUCUGAAGCUAGACAGUGCCUUGUUGUAUCCUUCGUUCUUUUCUGGAUUUGGGAGUAAAGCCAGAGGAUACAUUCCAGUAACAAAGUCUUACAGAAAAACAAAUGGUCUUCCUAAGAAAAAGUUUAGCUCAAGAAAGAAGGGAGGUUACAUUCCAAUAUGAAGCACAGAUACUGUUUUCUAUUCUUUGAGGAUGAAAGGCGCUUUGUGCUAAUAUGAAGAUAUGUUUGUUUUCCAUGCUUUAAUGUGGUGAUAUAAGGACACAUUCCAUUAUGAAAGCACAUUAUGUACACUUUCUAAAGAGGCUGCAUUCAAAUAUAAAAAAAAAACUGUCCAAGGUGGUCAUUCAAGGAUGGAUGGAUGGAUGGAUGACUUCUGAUAUAACUCUGGUUUGUAAAGGCCAUAUUCCACAUUGAGAUAGGGGACACCCAUUCUGAUAAAAACAUGCAAAUUACUCUAUGCAUAGAAGUAACAUUCCAAUAUUUAGAGGUUUUCUGGGUUUUUUUAAUGCAAUGAGAAUAGCACAUAAUUAUACAGGCUUCCUAUCUAAAGUGGUCUUCUUCCAAUAUGUAGCAUGCACAUACUUCCUUAUUCCCCUGCUUUAGUCCUGAAACAAUCAGUCAAUGAAACCAAUUAGUCAUUUGAAAUUCAUUGUUAGUUUCAGUGAUAAACCUUUUUCUUUUAAACUUAACCCACAAAUUCCGGCAAUUACCUUUUGAUUAUCUGUCUUCUGAUAGUACAUUUAAGGUAAACUCUUACAUUGAAGCCAGAGGAAGGAACCUCGUUCAAAUACUAAGCACAGUCUCCUAACUUGUGGCUGAAUUUGGUAAAUUUCAUCAAAAACCUAACUAAAUUCCAACAAUAAACAUAUACAGUAUUUCUUUCUUACUCUUAUGAGAUUCUCAUUCCUCUGAAGUUCUCUUUUUCUAGGAUAAACUCCACCAAGAAGCCAGCUGCACUCCAAUACUAACUAUACAAUUUCCUUUUCCUAAGAGCUGUGUAAGAGCAUUAAGACGCCACACAUGUCGCUUCCCCUUUGAAGUUGCCUGUUGGUUUGAUAGUUCAUAGAUUCAGAGGAGAUUAAAUAUCACCAUACAUUAUAUAAAAUAACUUGACACUGUCCAUUCAGUCCAAGCAAUAGUCCAUAACAAAUGUCAACACAGUAUUUUCUGGAGGUCAGAGACCAUAUUCUCAUCUUUAUAACAACUAGACUUAACUAUUUUGUUCUUUUGAGAGAAUA